CGUGGAUAGUAGAGGAACUAUCCCACUGGCCUAGCUCCUCCCCCUUGCGUCGUAACUCCUCCCCCUUACGGAAAAGGUCCCUUAGCCCACUUGAUUCUAGCAUCUACGGCCGCCGGGGGUAUAGUGUAUGUCCGGAACUGCUCAUCCCCAGAACGCAGCCAUGGGGCGGAGACUACGAUUAGCCCAGCCUCCCCGCACAUGGCAAUCUCCUGCAGGCAGGAAGAAAGACUGAGCAAGAAGUAGAAACCGCCCGGUGUAUUGCAGGCAGCCUUAGAGGCCUCUGUUCUGCUGAGGGCUGAGCUGUUGCUUUGACUACCGGUAACUGUCCUUACUGUAGAUGUGGAAUGACUCCUGACCUAGUGUUCAUGGUUGCUGGACGCUGUCCAUGGUGGUAGAUUUCAGCAUGUCUUCUGGAGUGCUCAGUUUAGGGGAACACUGAGCCCGUCUCAUACUUAAGAACACACUACUGGGAUCACGCCUUUCAUUUACAGGAACCCAAUCUAUUAACCUAAUUUCCAUAACUAAGCACUUACUACUUUAUCAGGUAAAAUUGAAAAAACAUCUGCCCGGACUGGACAAAACCAUGGCAGAGAGUGGUAGUGGUACAAGUGCCUCAAAUUCUGUUGGGGGUGUGACAAACGUGGCCUCCCUUCCUCCUGGGGAUGCCCAUCUCAUUGCUCUGAUUGUUGAGCAACUUAAGAGCCGUGGUCUUUUUGACGGAUUUCGAAGAGAUUGCUUAGCCGACGUUGACACAAAGCCAGCUUACCAAAACCUCAGACAGAAAGUGGACAACUUUGUCUCCACCCACCUAGACAAGCAGGAGUGGAAUGCUGGAAUGAACAAAAACCAGCUCCGCAAUGGACUGAGACAAAGCGUCAUUCAGUCCGGUAUGUUGGAAGCGGGAGUUGACAGAAUUAUUUCACAGGUAGUGGAUCCGAAACUUAACCAUAUAUUCCGACCACAGAUAGAAAAAGCUAUCCAAGACUACUUGGAGGCUCAGACAAAAGAGGAAGUUGUGCCAGCUCCACCGCUGCGCCCACCACUUCCUGAGCCCGAAGAGCAAGACCCACCUGUGCCCUCUCAAAGUGCCUCUUAGAACAUUCUGUUUUUAAAAGAUUUCAAAGCUGUAUCUGCAAUGCCAAUAAGCUACAUAUAGCAGCGUGCACGGUAGCUUACAUAAAGGGUAGACAAGAGAACUGGAAGAUGAUGAGCACAGAAAAUGGGUGUUCAUCUUUGGUAGUAUUAGCAGUACAUAAUUUAGAGUUUGAGGUAAUCUGACAAACAGGUAGGACAGGGUUGAGCAUUGGAUAAAUCUGAUGCCGUAUGAACUAUUUGUUGUGUUUUUUUGUUUUGUAUUUUUGCAUGUUACAAUAUUUACUGUAUUAUAAAAGGUAGGCAUUGUGAAAUCAGACAUUCUUAAUUCUAAUGGUGUACGAUAGACUACCUACAGUAUCAGUUGAAUGUACGAGUGUCGCCAUUUCAAAACGCCAAAAUGUGCUGAGCUUUUAUUUCUGAAUCCUUUUUUUUUUAUUUUUAUAUUUGUUGCUUUCAAUUUUGAAUAAAGUUUUCUUGUAGCCAAACACAAUAAAGUUUUUUUUUUUAU